AUGGAAAAUCCCAUUGUUAACCGUGGGGAGCAUUCAACCGAUGAUGACUUUGAGCAGAUCAUCGUGGCCAUCGACAUCAGGAAUUCGGGCACCGUUGGCUGUUCAUAUUACUCGGCACAGGAAGAGACACUCUAUCUCUUGGGCGACCUGCAAUCUGCCGGUGCAGAAUUAGUGGAUAGCUUGGUUCUCCAGACGAAGCCCACGGUGCUCCUGACUUCACCGCGCGUGGAUUCUGUGGAUUCGCCGAGUAACAGAGGCCUCGGACAAGACGCGAACACCCAUUCGUACCUCCCUUACCAACUCGAUGCGCGGCCUUCCCAAGAGUUCAACUACGUGAAUGCAAGGAACAAGCUUGCAGCGUUGGAGAUAUCGUCUACGCACGAGAAUCGGAUCAGGUUCCUGGUGCCGCACAAUGGUCUGGUGGAUACCGAAGAACUGGACACCGACAACUUAGACUUCACCCUGCAGGAGGGAAGACUGUUGCACAUGGCCAGUUCCAUCGACAUGGCUAAUGCGGUAACAAUCGGCUGUGCUGGUGCAGUCCUUACCCACCUACAACGACGGAGGGCGACAAUAUCAGAGUCCAGUGACCAAUCUUGCGGCGUCUUUCGAGUGAACUCCAUCGAGAUGUUUUGCUUGACUGGGACCAUGUUCGUCAAUGCAAGGACAUUGGUAGCCCUCCAGAUCAUGGAGUCCGAAUCGCACCCUAGUGCCAUCAACCAAGGGCCGGGAACAAAGUCCUCCAGAGCUAAGGAAGGCUUGUCUGUUUAUGGACUAUUUCAACGUUUCGCCCAUACGCCGCAAGGUAGAAACAGGCUCAAGCAGAUUUUCCUUCGUCCAAGCAUUGAGUUAGACGUGAUCCGUGAACGACACGCCUUCAUCAGUGUGUACCUGCGUCCCGAAAAUUACAACCCCCUUGAGAAACUCGUGAAAAGUUUGAAGCACAUCAAGAACCUGCACUAUGUCAUGGUCAACCUUCGCAAGGGCAUCAGCACUGGAAGUGGGAAGAUUACGGGGUUCAAAACCACAGUUUGGGCGACUCUAUUAGCUGCUCUUCGGGCUUUUGAAGCAGCCCAACUGUACAGAGUUGGGAGGAUGAUCCAGGAGAUAGUGGAUAUCGAUGGCUCCGAGGAGCAGGGAAGAACGGUCGUAAAGCCAGGACUGGACAGAGAGCUUGAUAAGAUGAAAGACAACUAUGACGGUCUGAGCAACCUACUGAAGCAAGUUGCGAUAGAGAUUGCGGCCACUAUCCCAGAGAGCCUGGACAUCGACGUAAACGUGAUAUACUUUCCUCAGCUUGGCUUCAACAUCGCCAUCCCCUUGAAUGAUAGAGGAGAAGCAGCCUACGAUGGCACUCGUGAGGGCUGGGAGCCCGUGUUCAUCACGGAAAACCGAGCAUAUUUCAAAGAUUUUCGGAUGAGAGAAAUGGACGAAACACUGGGUGAUAUCUAUGGGCUUAUUUGCGAAAAGGAGAUCGAGAUUGUCUAUGACCUGGCACAGAGAGUGCUUCAGUACGAGAAAGUGCUCUUACAGGCCUCCGAUAUAUGCGGACAGAUCGACAGGCAUAUCCUUCAGGAAUUAACGGUUUCAUCAUACGUACCAAAUGAUACUCUCCUCAUGGGAGGGAACUCUGAUUCAGUAAACCAUGCUCCUCGUGAUGGUAUGGGGGUCCAUACCCCACGAGUAGUAGGCUCCGAAAGAGCUCCGAAUAUGCUGCUAUUGACAGGACCGAACUACUCUGGGAAAAGCGUCUACAUGAAACAAGUAGCUCUCAUCACCUAUCUGGCCCAGCUAGGGAGUUUCGUCCCCGCAGAUAAUGCCGAGAUUGGCAUUACUGAUAAAAUCCUGGUGAAAUCCAAUUCCGAAGACAGUGUCUCCCAGAUCCAGAGUACCUUCAUGAACGAUCUGCAGCAGAUAUCAUUCGACUUGAAGCAGGCCACGAGCCGUAGCUUAUUGAUCAUUGACGAAUUCGGCAAAGGCACAAAUGAAAGUGACGGGGUCGGUCUAGCAUGCGGUAUCUUCAAUUACUUGCUGCAAUGCGAAGAGCCACCGAAAGUGAUCGCCUCAACACACCUCCAUGAAAUCCUGGAAAAUGGAUUCCUCGAGUUAGGUCCUCGACUUCAACUUGGACAUAUGGAGGUCAAGAUCAGCGAAGAUUCUCAGAAUGCAGAGGACCAAAUCACUUACCUCUACAACUUCCGCUUGGGCCCCAGCACCAAGAGUUUUGGAACUAUCUGCGCGGCGAUGAAUGGGAUUGAUCAGCGAAUCGUCGCUCGCGCAGAUGAGCUUGCAUCUCUUGCUGCACGUGGAGAGAAUCUAGUCGCUGCCUGUGCAAUCUUAUCUGAGAGUGAGAUGCGUACAUUGGAGGAAGCGGUAUGA